AUGACUUGUCCUCCCCCUACGUCCAUUCCUCAUGGCCAUAUUUCGAGUUAUGUGCCUGGAGCGUCAGCAGUGUAUGAGUGUGAUGGGGCCUACUCGAUGGUUGGAAGUUCUGUAUCAACGUGCGAUACUAAAACUAGUGAUUGGAUUAGCCCUGGAAAGUGUGUGUUGUCAUUCAUUGACAAUGUCUGGUUUUGGCUUUUGAUCGGCCUUGGAGCUUUGUUGACCAUUGCAGGAAUAACUUUGCUCUGUGUUUAUUGCUAUCGCCGUUGUUUCAGAAUGAGGUCAAGAAGAACUAGGCCUAAUGAGGAGGAAAAUCAGAAGUCAAACAGAACACCUAGAAGUUCCCGUGAAGAUCCCGGAUGUUUUGAAAACGGCGGCAAAUGUGACCUGUGUUGCGUAGAUUACUACGGAUGUUGUUCAUUGCUAGGUUGUUGCGGAUAUCAUGGUUGCUGCGCUUGUUUCUGUAGUUGUUGUCGGUGUUGCCGAGAACCAGAAGAAGGUCCAGGAAUUUCGAGUCUCCCCGUUUCCUUUUUCCGCAAAUGGAGGAGAAAAACAAAAGGUGCAAAGAUAAAGACCACCAGACCUGUACUUGUUUUACAGUAUGAAAAGGACAAAAAGAGAUCUGCUGCUAAAGCGUCAAAAUCGGCUAAAGUUCCAGUGAUUCCAUUAUGGCUGCCUCACAAAAAUCACGUCCGGGAUAUCAACACAAGCACGAGAUGACCAUUGAUUUAUAUUACAAUAAAUCAACAUUGAUUGGU